UCGAACCCAGAAUCUCUGGUUCCGUAGACCAGCGCCUUAUCCAUUGGGCCAUGGAGUCCUCGCGUGCUCUGUGAGUUCAGAGAAUUUUAUUUAUAUGUGAUCAUUUGCACGUUGGUGUCACGGAGUUUGAAAAGUAGCUGAAAUGAAAUGAAAAGAAAGGAAAAUGGGAUAAUAAUAAGAAAUGGAAGCAGACUAGAAAGAGUCGGUUACACGAUACCCUUUGUUUCCUUCAUCUCUAAUUCUAGCUCCCAGCCUGACCUGGACGCUUCAAUCCUCUAGAAUGGUAUGUAUUGUUUUGUCAAUGGUGUUGUUUCUGGCUAUUUUUGGAUAGCAGAAGCUGCAGAAGUGAGAGGGAAUGGGAAUGGAAUCAAAUGAUUUACACAUAUCAUUGUUUUUUUCUGCAUAUCCCAAGUAAAGAAAAAAGGGGCUUUUUGAGGGGUUGUGACCGUCUGAUGAUUCUCCUCCAAUAAAUGGGUCGACACUCGCUUCGUAGUAAAGCAGUCCACUUUGUUUCUGAUCUCACCACUGGCCUUCUCAAUCCUAUUUCUGACAAAUCUUCAAAGCCUCCUGUAAGUCUUCUCGAACAUGCUGCCGUGAAAGCUUCGCUUGUUGUUAAACGUUUGAUCACCUUUUUUUAUUUCCCAUGCCUUGGUCAUCGGUCGGGGACCCGUUACGAAUUAGAUGUUCUGUGUUCAAAAUUUGUGUUUUCUGCUCUUGGGUUUUGUGGGUUUCGAUGUUCUGUGGUUCUGUGUUUCAGUUUUGGGAGUUUGCUACUAGGGUUUAUGGAUGGUGUGAUUGAGCCAAAAAGAAGUCAACAGGAGACGAUUGCAGAAGAGGGUAAUGAGGAUUUGGUUGAUGGACCUGAUACAUCUUCUUUUUCUGCGUUCCUUUAUUCCCUAUUGUCUUCAGAGCCUGGUUCAAACUCUGAAGGGCAUACUGAGCAUGAAAGGGAAGUGGGUGAAGUACCAUCUAACACUGCAAUGAGAGAAAGUGGUGCAAAGAAAAGCUUAUUUUCAAAGGGGAAACAAACCCUGGGGAAAGUUAUGUACCAAGCUGUGAGAAUUGGUGGAUUUAGAAAUCAAGGAUCAGAUCGCAGGGGCAAAUGUGAUACAAUAACUGAUGAUGGAAAUGGCUCUAAACUUGAUGGAGUUGAAUUGGGGCCUAUGCAGACUACAAAUGAGCAUGUGCUUUGUAUGGACCUACCAGAAAUUUCAGAGCCUUCAUUUCUUCUUUCGGAGAGAACAAGAGGUGCUCUUUAUGUUUCACUUCCAGCACUUAUUCAGGACAGAAAAUGGGUAUUGCUGUACAGUACAUGGAGACAUGGGAUAUCACUUUCAACCCUUUACAGAAGAAGCAUGCUUUGGCCUGGCCUCAGUUUGCUGGUUGUUGGGGACUCUAAAGGUGCAGUAUUUGGCGGCUUAGUUGAGGCACCUUUAAGACCAAACAACAAGAAAAAAUAUCAGGGCACAAAGGAUACAUUUGUUUUCACAAAUAUACCUGGUCAUCCUGUCAUAUUUCGCCCUACUGGGGUAAACCGCUACUUCACUUUGUGCUCCACUGAAUUCCUAGCACUGGGCGGGGGUGGCCACUUUGCCCUUUAUUUGGAUGGUGAUCUAUUGAAUGGAUCAAGUUCGGUGUCAGAAACAUAUGGCAACCCUUGUCUUGCCCACUCAGAAGACUUUGAAGUCAAGGAGGUUGAGUUGUGGGGCUUCGUAUAUGGUUCAAAGUACGAGGAAGUAGUUGCCUUAAGCCGAACUGAAGCACCUGGAAUUUGCAGAUGGUGAAAUCUUCAAGAGCGAAGAAAAUCUCAAUUCAGAGUGCUGAUUGGACGCCUGUGUGAAUCUGCAGGUUGGGUUUCCCUUCAAAUGCUGGAUACUGACCCAGCUAAUAACUCAAAAGUUAAAAAUUGUUGUAUAUAUCAAAAAUAUUGCCUCAAUAUAUUUUGUUACCCUAAUGCCUCAUGCAUCCUAAUGUGUAUAUAGUAAGAGAACUAAUAUACGCUACCCCACUUGCCAGUUUUGUUUUGGGUAUAAAUUGAAUUGGGAAGAAACAAACUUAACAAGA